GGGGGUUGCAGACCAGCGCUGUGGAGCUGGAGGUACAGUCUCGUCGCCGCUAAUCCUGACUGUCCCGUGAUUUAAAACUUGACUGGAAUUUUCACUGUAUAUAUUCCUUGGUUCUUGCUUCCUUGGGAAGCAUGAGUCUGUUGGAACUUGGGACAAGAAGAAAACAAGAUAUCUCUACAACAAAACCCAGACACUAAAAAGAGGUCCCAAACUCUGGAGAGCCAGGACACAAACAUGGCCGACAGUGGCUGCAGGGACCUUGUGGAAGACUCUCAAAAGGAUUUGGAAAAUGAACCCUCAGUCCACUCUCAAGCACAGGGCACCACAGUCUCUCUGAGUGACCCUGAAGAAACCCAGACCCCACCUCCUGCCUCUGAUCUCAAGAGCGACCCUCAUGAGGUAGGGGCCAAAGAUCAAGAGCAUGCAGACACAGGUGACAGAUCACAGAGUUCAGAGGAGGCGAUGUCAGACAAGCGUCCGAUGGAUAAAGCAGAAGCCAAGAGCAGCCUGAGCUCUCAGGACACAGAGCAGGGGCACCGCCCCCCCUCGGAACACCUGGGUGGAGAGGCCCUGCAUCUGGAUCCUCACUGCUCUCAAAGCAGCGAGGGGGGAAGAGGAGAUGCCCAGCUGGGGAGCAGUUCUGCAGCUGCCCCCGAGGGAGCAGGAGAUGGACGGGAAGCUGCUCAGGAGCCACUUGCUGCAGACUCCACCGAUGCCCAGAGUUCUGCUUAUCCCAGCGCAGGCCCAGGGAGCCAGGACCACUUGAGGAGGCGACUACCUGCGCCAGACUCUCAAAAGGAUUUGGAAAAUGAACCCUCAGUCCACUCUCAAGCACAGGGCACCACAGUCUCUCUGAGUGACCCUGAAGAAACCCAGACCCCACCUCCUGCCUCUGAUCUCAAGAGCGACCCUCAUGAGGUAGGGGCCAAAGGUCAAGAGCAUGCAGACACAGGUGACAGAUCACAGAGUUCAGAGGAGGCGAUAUCAGACAAGCGUCCGAUGGAUAAAGCAGAAGCCAAGAGCAGCCUGAGCUCUCAGGACACAGAGCAGGGGCACCGCCCCCCCUCGGAACACCUGGGUGGAGAGGCCCUGCAUCUGGAUCCUCACUGCUCUCAAAGCAGCGAGGGGGGAAGAGGAGAUGCCCAGCUGGGGAGCAGUUCUGCAGCUGCCCCCGAGGGAGCAGGAGAUGGACGGGAAGCUGCUCAGGAGCCACUUGCUGCAGACUCCACCGAUGCCCAGAGUUCUGCUUAUCCCAGCGCAGGCCCAGGGAGCCAGGACCACUUGAGGAGGCGACUACCUGCGCCAGAGGAUGGAAGUCCUGAAGAAGAGACGCAGUCAGUGAGGGAAAAGGAAGAGGCUGCACAGGAAAGACUGAGGAAGACAGACAGCAGGAGUCUCUGGAGCUAUGGUCCUGUGUUUCUCGGCUUCCUGAUUGUGGCUCUUGUGCUGCAUUCUGUCAACAGCUACUAUUUCUCCCCGGCCCAGCAAGGGCCCCAGAACCCAGCUUUGGAGGCUUUCCUGGCUCAGUUUAGCCAGCUGAAGGAUAAAUUUCCAGGUCAGAGUUCCUUUCUGUGGCAGCGAGGACGGAAGUUUCUCCAGAAGCACCUCAAUGCUUCAAACCCCACUGAGCCUGCCACCGUCAUCUUUACAGCUGCUCGAGAGGGACGGGAGACCCUCAAGUGUCUGAGCCACCACGUUGCCAACGCCUACACCUCUUCCCAGAAAGUGUCUGCUGUCUCCAUAGACGGAGCCGAAAGAGCCCUGCAGGACAGUGACACCGUCAAGCUGUGGGUUGACUUGGAGCUUAGCGAUGGAUUUGAGAACGGCCAUAAGGCUGCUGUUGUCCACCGCUUUGAAUCCCUUCCUGCAGGCUCCACCCUGAUCUUCUAUAAGUACUGUGACCAUGAGAACGCAGCUUUUAAAGAUGUGGCCCUCGUCCUGACCGUCCUGCUGGAGGAGGAGACAUUAGCAGCAAGCGUAGGCCCCAGGGAAACGGAAGAGAAAGUGAGGGAUUUACUCUGGGCUAAGUUCACCAACUCUGAAGCUCCCAGCUCCUUCAGCCACAUGGACUCAGACAAACUGAGUGGGCUGUGGAGUCGCAUUUCCCACCUGGUGCUGCCCGUGCAGCCUGUCAAGAACAUAGAAGAGCAAGGCUGCCUUUUGUGAAGCCAGGCCCAGCCCAGCUCCGGUCCCCUGGGGGGAGGUGGUUAGUUAGCAUGUGGGAGGAAACAACUGAGAAAAGAAGCUUUUCUUUUUUUCUUUUUACUUUUAUGAAAACUUUCUAGUCUAAACCUUGAUAAAGCCAACAAUUGGCCUGAUGGUUGAUUUUCUUUGUCUUUUUAAGCAAAUCAGGCCUAAAAUACAACAUGAAUCAUAACACUGAGGGAUUGUUUAAAUCUCCGUGGGCAGAAUCACUGCAUAGGAAGAUUUGAUUUUCAGAGGAACCGCAGCGUGACCGCUGCCUUGGGAGGGAGGACGCCAAAGGGCCUGGACUAGUAAUUCCAAUGAUUUCAGGGAACUCUUCUGCCACUUACUAAGUAUUUUUAAGGUUUACUUUAAUAAUUUAGUUGUGGGGUUGUAUCUUACACAGAUUUGCACUUUGAAUAGAUGAAAAUAGGAAGCUAAAAUUACCCUCCAAAUCCUACCUGAAAACUUGGUGCAUGUCUGCUUUUAUCCAUUAUUGAGCUGAGGGAAAGACGACUUUGGUAAAAGAAAGUGUUCCUGAGCAUUGGAAUCAAUGUAGUAAUUGGUAGGAGUCCCUGGAGGUGAGGAAAUCCCAACUGGCUGUAUCGUUUCUCUGUGCCCACCAGCAGCCCCUUGCUUCACAUGAGAACAUCUCUGCUCUUGGCUGCUGUAUUUGGGGUUCUCUGUUAAGACUUCAGUGGAACUAAGUUUCACUGAUAAGGAAGUUUGAAAACCAAUGAUGAAGUGAAAAGCUUAUUCUAAAGAUACAAACUCGGGUAGGAAGAGAUGAAAGUGGUAGAGCUUAGGAGUCGGGAGAUGAAGUGAGGUUGGUUGUAGAGGGUAGUAGAGACCUUCAGAAGGCCUACUAUACUGUAGGCUGUAGAGACAUGGCCUCUGGCUGGUUCAUUCUGUUCAUUGCUUCUGCUCCCGAGGGCUGGAAUGUCACAACUGUCUGUGAUGAGCGUUGAGUGCCCUUUCAGACAAGACGUCAGUGUCAGCUACUGGCAAAACUUUACCAAAUGGGAUUUGCUGUGCUCUGGUGGGACAUCAUGUUCGAUUCUUGACAGCUAGUUGGAAAUGCCAUUAGGGAAGGAAUUGGAGAAAUGCAAGAGGGUGAAGAGAAAGAGAGAGAGCAGCCAACAGCACAUCCUGUGGUCCUGUGAUUGUUAGCCUGGGACCAAUAGCUGCUAAUCCGCACACAAAGGCUAAAGUAAAACUCUAGUAAGAUAACCCCAUUCACAAAGAUCUGUUCCGUUAUGUGGACAGGAACAGCCCUGAAAUUUUGCACUAGGUUUUGGCUCGUCUGCUGCUAUGAGAUCAUGUAUAUAAUUAAGAAGUUAAGUUAUUGAGUGUGGAGGGAGUUUAGGGAACACUAAGAUGUCUAUCGAUAAUUAAAGGAUCACAAAGACCUGGGGUAGGGAGUGAGCUGAAAGUGUUUGCCACAGAAAGAUCGUAGACUGGCUUUGGGCGGAGCCUUUGCUGCACUAGGGUGGAGGAACACAGGAAGAAAGGGUGCAUUUGCGAUUCUGAAGGACUCUUGCAAUAGAUUUGAGAAAAGACCUAAACCCAAAGUUUAAGCAUAGUGAAUGGAAUUUGAGUGUCGACCCAGUGUAGAACAGAGGGACUGGAGAAAAAUCUGUGUGACAUCAUUUGUUUUUUUCUGUAUUUCUAGACUUCUCUUUGUUUUGAAUGCUAGUGGCUUGUAUAGGGGGACUCACUCUGUGGCCAAGGGAGAGUUAGAGUAAUUUCUCCUGCCUCAGUUCCCUGAGUGCUGGGGUUAUAGGUGUAUGCCACCAUACCUGGCUUUAAUCUCAGCCCUUAUCCAAGUAUCACUUCACAGAAAACCAAGGGUGCCUUCAGAACUUCACGUUGGCCUUUGACCUGUGCUACCUCAGGCUGCAGAGGAACUAGUCUAAAGUGUUUGUACGCAGUCUGUGUCCAUGGCUCAGAUCACAGGUGGAAGUUUCUUUAUUUGAUUGAAUAUAGUUUUACAUAAUUUGCCGUCAACAUAAAUUUAGGAUAUAAUGCAUUUCUAAAAUUUAAUUAAUUUUAAUUGUUUUUAUUGUCGACUUUAUUAAAAUACUUUUCAUUCUAUACAUUAGUGCAAUCAACUGAGACUCAUCAGUUUUCUAGCCACUAUUUCAAAACCCUUUUUUUACUUAAUUUUUUUCAGUACUGGGGAUUGAAUCCAGGGCCUUGACGUUCAAGAAAAGUACUCUACCACUAAGCUACAUCCCCAGACCUCUUAAAAAUUAUUUUGAAAAGAAUAAUAUAUUUGUUUGGGGUCAAAACAUAGGAUUUUCUGUUUCUGAUACAGAGUCCAAACUACAUAGCCCAAACUAGUGAUUCUCAGGCCUUAGACUUCUAGCUUCUACAUGAUAGAAUUAUAGAAGUGUGCCACUACACCAGCUUCAUGUAAUUACUUUUUAAACAAAAAUAUAUUUUAAAAUGUACAUAUAAUUAAAAUCUAACCUGAGCUGGGUGGUGGUGGCACACGCCUUUAAUCCCAGCUCUUGGGAGGCAGAGGCAGGUUCUAGGCCAGCCUGGUCUACAAGAGCUAGUUCUAGGGCAGGCCUUAAGAGAAACCCUGUCUCAAAAAACCAAAAAACAAAAAAAAAAAAACAACAAAAAAGGAAAAAAAAUCUAUUAUCUGAUGUACUGCCUUCUAGUGCAUUGUUCUUCACAUUUUUCUUAUUUGUGAUAAUUUUCUUGCAGCUACAUGACAGAAACGUCAUGUUUGAACGUCACAGUUUAAUACCACCGUACAUACAUAUUUACACACACAUUAUUUGUUUGUUUGUUUAAUGGGAAUCUUUUCUUGAGUGAUACCAAGAAGCAAGCAGGGUGAGAAUUAGAAACUGUUUGGACUUGGAUUUUUCCCUUUCAGGUAAAAAAAAGCUUUCAGAGAUUAACAAAGAAGUUCUAGAGAGUUGUUACCACUGAAAUAAUUUUAGUAAAUUUUACCUGGAAGCCCUUAGGCGUAGGGUAGUGAGGCUCGGCCCAACAGCAGGCUGAUGAUAGAGCAUUGUCUCACAGCCUUUGGUUUGUGCUUAGCCUUGUGAGCUCUGCUGUUAGGCUGUGACCGACAGAUGUGACCUGCAAAAGUGAGGAUACUGCAGCAAGAUGAUUUCACCAGCACUCUUACUUUCUCUGUCUAACCAAGGUUUCCUAAUUGCCAAUUUUGCCUUUAUGCAUUUGCCAACUUAAUGGCUUUGACAGUAUUGAUGUCAGACUUGCUUGUGCCUCCAUGCCUGCUUUUUGUAUAUGUUUCCAUAUUGAUGAUGUUGACUGUGCCUUAUUCAAAUCAAUUUCUGGUUGAUACACAAAUAAAUCUCCUUAAUU